UUUGCUUCAUUGCUUUAGCACUUAUCCAAUGGGUUAUGGUUCUGGUGAAAAGCUCUGUGAUUGUUCAAUGGGUUUCUAGAAUGAAUGUUCUAUGGAAUUAUCAUUCAACCCAAUGACCAGUUUAGUUAGUGAUUCUCAUUUUUAUGGCUCUUGCCCUGAAGUCAAGUUGCUUCUUGCAAUUGAAGAAACCUGAGGCUGGUUUCAAUGUUUGUUUUUCAUCUAAGAAAGCUAUAAUCUCCGUGAAACGACACACUCCCGUGGCUGCUAUCAGGACCAUGGAAGCAGUGGGACUCUCUGCAACAUUCACCAGGUUGAAAAAAGAAGGAAAAGUAGCUUUCAUCCCGUAUGUCACUGCUGGUGAUCCUGACCUUUCAACCACAGCAGAAGCACUGAAAGUGCUUGAUUCAUGUGGGUCUGACAUAAUUGAGCUAGGUGUUCCAUACUCUGAUCCUUUGGCAGAUGGUCCUGUUAUCCAGGCUGCUGCUACAAGAUCUUUAGCAAAGGGGACCAAUUUGAAUGCGAUUAUUGAUAUGUUGAAGGAGGUUGUUCCGCAACUGUCAUGUCCAAUUGCACUGUUUACAUAUUACAAUCCAAUACUGAAGCGUGGUACUGAUAAAUUUAUGUCCACUAUAAGAGACAGUGGUGUACAUGGGCUUGUAGUCCCAGAUGUCCCUCUGGAGGAGACGGAAACUUUAAGGACAGAAGCUAAGAAACAUGGAAUUGAACUGGUACUCCUCACAACACCCACAACUCCAACAAACCGAAUGAGAGCCAUUGUUGAUGUGGCAGAAGGAUUUGUGUAUCUUGUGAGCUCAGUGGGGGUCACUGGAGCCCGAGCAUCAGUUAGUGGUUCUGUUCAGUCUCUUUUGAAGGAAAUUAAAGAGGCAACUACUAAACCUGUGGCAGUUGGUUUUGGAAUAUCAAAACCUGAGCAUGUGAAACAGGUAGUGGUAUGGGGAGCUGAUGGUGUGAUUGUUGGCAGUGCUAUAGUGAAGGUGCUUGGUGAGGCCAAAUCUCCUCAAGAGGGAUUGAAAGAACUUGAAGUUUUCACCCGCUCCUUAAAAGCGGCACUUCCUUAAAAAAUAUGUUUUAAGAGCUCGAACUUCAUGUAGUUGUUGUCGUCAUCGUAGAUAUUGGAUUCAAUAAAAUGCGGUUCAGUUGUUUUUCUUCUGUUCAUGAUAUAGUAGUUUUGACAUUUUUAUUUCCUUUUCAAUUAUGAUUGGAUUUCUUAGUUACUGAAAUAAAUGUCCCAUAUGAAUUUCAUCUCCUCA